GUGCGCAGAUGUGUGAGACCUUUUAUUGUAAGAGUGGACAGACUUCCCAGAUUUCAGAGCCCCAUUUUCGAGCCCCGUGGGAUCCCGCGGCCCCCAGCCAGCGCCAGCAUGCAGAACAGUCACAGCGGAGUGAAUCAGCUCGGUGGUGUCUUUGUCAACGGGCGGCCACUGCCGGACUCCACCCGGCAGAAGAUCGUAGAGCUAGCUCACAGCGGGGCCCGGCCGUGCGACAUUUCCCGAAUUCUGCAGACCCAUGCAGAUGCAAAAGUCCAAGUGCUGGACAAUCAAAACGUGUCCAACGGAUGUGUGAGUAAAAUUCUGGGCAGGUAUUACGAGACUGGCUCCAUCAGACCCAGGGCAAUCGGUGGUAGUAAACCGAGAGUAGCGACUCCAGAAGUUGUAAGCAAAAUAGCCCAGUAUAAGCGGGAGUGCCCGUCCAUCUUUGCUUGGGAAAUCCGAGACAGAUUAUUGUCCGAGGGGGUCUGUACCAACGAUAACAUACCAAGUGUGUCAUCAAUAAACAGAGUUCUUCGCAACCUGGCUAGCGAAAAGCAACAGAUGGGCGCAGACGGCAUGUAUGAUAAACUAAGGAUGUUGAACGGGCAGACCGGAAGCUGGGGUACCCGCCCCGGUUGGUAUCCGGGGACUUCUGUGCCAGGGCAACCUACACAAGAUGGCUGCCAGCAACAGGAAGGAGGGGGAGAGAAUACCAACUCUAUCAGUUCCAAUGGAGAAGAUUCAGAUGAGGCCCAAAUGCGACUUCAGCUGAAGCGGAAGCUGCAAAGAAAUAGAACAUCCUUUACCCAAGAGCAAAUUGAGGCCCUGGAGAAAGAGUUUGAGAGAACCCAUUAUCCAGAUGUGUUUGCCCGAGAAAGACUAGCGGCCAAAAUAGAUCUACCUGAAGCAAGAAUACAGGUAUGGUUUUCUAAUCGGAGGGCCAAAUGGCGAAGAGAAGAAAAACUGAGGAAUCAGAGGAGACAGGCCAGCAACACACCUAGUCACAUCCCCAUCAGCAGUAGUUUCAGCACCAGUGUCUACCAGCCAAUCCCACAACCCACCACGCCUGUUUCCUCCUUCACCUCUGGCUCCAUGUUGGGCCGGACAGACACAGCCCUCACAAACACGUACAGCGCUCUGCCACCCAUGCCCAGCUUCACCAUGGCGAAUAACCUGCCUAUGCAACCCCCAGUCCCCAGCCAGACCUCUUCGUACUCCUGCAUGCUGCCCACCAGCCCUUCGGUGAACGGGCGGAGUUAUGAUACCUACACCCCCCCACAUAUGCAGACACACAUGAACAGUCAGCCAAUGGGCACCUCGGGCACCACUUCCACAGGACUCAUUUCCCCUGGUGUGUCAGUUCCCGUUCAAGUUCCUGGAAGUGAACCUGAUAUGUCUCAAUAUUGGCCAAGAUUACAGUAAAAAAAAAAAAAAAAAAAAAAAAAAAAAA